GGGCAGGUGGCCUUCGAGGACGUGGCCGUGCACUUCUCCCGGGAGGAGUGGGGGCUCCUCGAUGAGGCACAGCGGCUCCUGUACCGGGACGUGAUGCUGGAGAACCGGGCACUUGUGGCCUCCCUGGGUGGUCGGCGUGGGAUGGAGGACAAGGAGCUACCUCUUGAGCAGAGCAUUUCUGUAGGGCUAUCACAGGUCAGGAGUCCAAGGACAGGCUCUUCUAGCCAGAAUGCCCCCCCCUGUGAGACAUGUGGGGCAGUAAUGAAAGACAGUUCGUACCAGGAAACAUACCCUGGGUGGAAACCAUACAUGUGUGUUGCAUGUGGGGAACAGUUCUGGCUGGGGGGUGACCUGGACCUCCAGAAGCAGCAUGGCAGAGGGAAACCCUUCAGAGGGGAUGAGGGCAGAGCAUUCCUUGUGAAGAGCUGUCCUGUCCAACCAGCUGAGCUGCCUUUUAUGACCUCGCACGGUUGUAAGGAUAUCCCAACUGCCUCAAGCACUUUUCAGCUCCGAGCUUCUCUCAAGAAGUGGAAGCCACACAGUAACCCCAAAUACGCAGAGACAUUUCACGGUGGGCAAAGGCAGUUCGAGUGCAGUGAAUGUGGAAAAGUCUUUAGCCGCAAAGACUCCCUUGUUCAGCACCAGCGGGUCCACACUGGAGAAAGACCUUACAGGUGCGGUGAGUGUGGGAAAACCUUCAGCCGCAAACCCAUACUUGCUCAGCACCAGAGAAUCCACACUGGAGAAAUGCCUUAUGAGUGUGGUGUAUGUGGGAAGGUUUUCAAUCACAGCUCCAACCUCAUCGUCCACCAGAGAGUCCACACCGGAGCAAGACCUUACAAGUGCAGCGAGUGUGGGAAAGCCUACAGCCACAAGUCCACACUUGUUCAGCAUGAAAGUAUCCACACUGGAGAGAGACCUUACGAGUGCAGUGAGUGUGGGAAAUACUUUGGCCACAAGUACAGGCUCAUUAAACAUUGGAGUGUUCACACCGGGGCCAGGCCUUAUGAGUGCACUGCAUGUGGCAAGUUUUUUAGCCAAAGUUCUGAUCUUACUGCACACCACAGAGUUCACAAUGGUGAAAAGCCCUAUGUGUGCAGCGAGUGUGGAAAAGCAUUUAGCCACAAACACGUCCUCGUUCAGCAUCACAGAAUUCAUACUGGAGAAAAGCCCUAUCAGUGCAGCGAGUGUAGGAAGGCCUUCAGACAGAGGGCUUCCCUCAUCCGACACUGGAAAGUUCACACGGGAGACAGGCCUUAGCAAGCACAGCAGGGCAUCGGGUCCCUGUACUCCCACGACAGCACCUGUGCAUAACCUCCCUGAGUAGCCACCAGCCCCGAGCUGAACCUCACCCCCCUGGAGAGGUUCUCCUGACUGCCGGCUCCAGGGCAAGCAUUCUGCAGCUAUGAUGCACUUGGGAGCCUGCCCAAUCCCCUUGCCAGAGUGAUCACAGCUGGGCGCUCUGAGAAGCCACCACCUACGAGUGUCCGUGUCUCUCACUGUCCAUAAUCACCCAACAGUCUCUGAUAGGCCCAGCCACCUGCUCUUCCCCUCUCUAGGAGGUGUCAUCAGCCGGAGCCAACUGAUGGUUCUUGGCCCUAGUCACUCACCCAGUCACUCACCUGCCCACUGGGUUAAGCAAGAACAUGACCCUGUGUAGGCUAGGAAGAUGCAAGUGCUUAGUGUCUGGACACGUGGAGACCAGGCUUCCACCUUUCAUAGACUUGACUGGGCUCAUGUAUUGGUGACUUUUCCAGCCUCUGAGUCACCAACGGGAACUACAUGCCUCGUGUCCUGGUUUUGCAAAAAAAAAAAAAGCCUUAGUGUUUAAACUGCUGCUCUUUCACAUUCUCUUUACUUUGUAGACUUGAGGACCAAAUUGGUCUCUGCCAGCAUGAAGUGAUGAACAGCUUUUGGGAAAACUCCAGCUGCUGGACUGUGUUAGAAUGGCAGACAAAAGCAGUUCUCAUUCUGGUUUCAGCCUAACUUGUGCUGCUCCCCAAAGCCUGGGAAAGAACCCCACUCACUUGGGCCCACCCUGUGGCCUGUGCCAGGGUUACAUGUGUGGCCGAGGUGGCCCCGAGCAGUGUGCAUUUGUUGUGACUUCUCAUAAGUCCAGGAACAGCAUGGAGCCCUUCUGAUGAGAAUUUGAUGCCCCUCUCAGGACCUGCCAACAUCUCUGAAAUGACCCAAUGACAGAUGUCACUGUCCCCGACAAGGACCGUGUGGAGAUCAUAAUUGGUAAAGUGGUAAUUAUAAGUGGUCAGGUGACGGCAGGGAAUGUGACUCAUAUCCACAAGUGUU